AUGGAAGGCCCCUGGGAAGACCAUCCUCUGGACGGGUACGACUUCCUAUAUGUGCUCGGCCGGGGCGGCUUCGGCCUGGUGAAGCUGGCCUGGCACCUGGCGUCGGAAGAGUUUGUGGCAGUGAAGAUCCUCCCGCGAGGCACCUCUCCCAGCAGCCCGCUCUGGGGGCCAGGGGCUCGCUCCGGCACUACGUGCUGCGGCAGGGCAGCCGAGGCCCAGGCCAGGGCCCUGUUUGGCCAGGUGCUGGCCGCUGUGAGCUACUGCCAUGGCCAGCGCGUGGCGCACCGGGACCUCAAGCUGGGCAACCUGCUGCUGGACACGCACCUGAACGUCAAGCUGGCGGACUUCGGGCUGAGCCUGUGGCUGGAGCAGGGCACGCUGGUGAGGGGCUUCUGCGGGACCCCCGAGUACUGCGCACCAGAGGUUUUCCUUGGGGAGGACUACGACGCGGUUAAAGCCGAUGUGUGGAGUCUGGGGGUGGUGCUGUUUGCUAUGCUGGCAGCCACGCUGCCUUUCCACAGCAAGGACACAGACGAGAUGUGGGACAUGGUGCUGUCCGCCUGCUACGUGCUGCCGCAUGCCGUCAGCCCGGCCCUGCAGGAGCUGCUGGUGUGGCUGCCCACCGUCGACACCUCAAGGAGGCCCAGUGCGGAGGAAGCCAGGACCCACUGGUGGUUCAGCCCUGGCCGAAAAGCCGCCCAGGAGGACAAGGAGGACGCGGUCACCCUGCUGCAGCCCCUGGGCGUUCCCCGAGACCCAGAGGCCAAUGACUACCUGGCGGGCCUCGGCCUGCUGCCAGGCAUGGGGACCGAGGGGACGCCAGGCCCUCGGCCCCACGGCCCCACGUCCCUGCCUGAGUCCUCACAGAGCAGCGAGCACCACCCCAUACAGGAUGACGGCUUGGCUCUGGUGUCCCGUGACAGCAUGGCUGUCAACGUUUCCUCCACACGGAGCGACUCCACCAAGGCCUCCAGCUAGCCACGGCAGGAGUGGAACCCUGCUCCCAGCACAGCCCCCGACUCCUCCCAAGUCUCCAGUGAGUCUUGCCCACUCCCCACAUCCCCUGCCACUUGGGGGCCUCCAGGAGCUGAGCCCAAGGCCCCAAAGGUGACCCCACUCUUGACUCUCUCCUACCAGGCCAGCCACAGCAAGAGUGGAGCCCUGCUCCCAGCGCAGCCCCUGAGCCAGCAUCCAAGGCGUCGCCCUCCAGCCCCAGUGCCGGGAGUCCUGUGCACCUCACAGAGCCAGAAGCCGCCUCAGCAGCCCGUGAGCCUGAG